UGCAAAAUCUUAGCUAUAGCGCUGCAUAUGUUUUUGUUGUCGAUGUUCUCAUGGAUGCUUACUGAAGGUAUUCACCUUUACUUGAAAGUUAUAACGGUUUUCAAUACAAACUCCAAGCGAAAAUUAUAUUAUAUCAUGGGAUGGGGUUUUCCAAUUAUAACCGUUAGUAUAACAGUUGGUAUAGGAUUUGACAAAUAUGGCCUAAAUAAAUUGUGUUGGCUAUCAGUUAGCAGUGGAUUCAUUUGGGCAUUUACAGGACCAGCUUUAUUUGUCAUCUUGGUAAAUUUUCUGGUAAUGAUUCUCGUGAUCCGAGUUACCGCCAACAAAUCCGGAGUCUAUCCUGCUAGUCGACAAUUUUAUAGCGUAAAAAAAAUCAAAUCCAUCGUGAAGGCUACUAUUAUUUUAUUACCUAUCCUCGGCUUAACUUGGAUAUUUGGUAUUUUCUCAAUGGACAGUCAUACCGUUGCAUUCACUUAUAUCUUUGUAAUAUUAAAUGGUUUACAGGGUUGCUUCUUUUUUUCAUUCCACUGCUUAUAUAACUCUGAAGUAUGUAUCAUGGUUAUAGCAUUAGAUAUACCUAUUCCUUAUAAAAAAAUUCGCCAUAUUAACAUUACCAUUUAA